AUGGGGCCCGAGAUGACUGCACCUUCUCCAACUUCAAAGCCUGCUUCCAGGCUCAAAUCUCAGGCUACUGGCCAUUUGGUAGUUGUUGCUAGUUCUUCUUCGACCUCCGUCAAACCUGCACAGCCACAGACUGAGCAGGCUGUAGCGUCUCUGUCGCCCUCUGCAGGUUCCUCGCCCAUACCAUCUCGAAGCGGGAGCCAGGACAUCGGCGCAUGGAAUGGCGCCUACGAAGUGGCUGAGAAUUGA